AUGAUGUUUCGACUGGCAAACAUCAACCUAAGCAGUCCGCUAACAGAGUCCCCCAGCUAUAUACGAGCACAACCACAGCCCAUCACCACUAGCACCACCAUGAUAUCGCUAUCGUCCACCACAAUCCUGCUUGCCACGCAAUCAGUAACAACGAGGAGCUUUGUAGACGACGAAGUAAACCUGGUUUUGGUCAAUAGUGACCCCCUGGAGUGCAACGAGAAUUUUUCAAUCUUCAUCAAGUGCAUCAUCGAUAACGUGUAUGUCGACACCAAGACGACCCCGACGUACCAAGAGCUUUCCUUGUAUGCGCUCAAAUUGCUCAUGCUGAAUUUAUUUGUGAAAAAUUACAAAUUCUGCGUGGGGAAGAUGUUGGCGUUCUUGGAGACGUUUACCGCGAUUACCGAGCAGCGACUACUAUACGGAGGGGGAGAACAACAGGAGGAUUUGGAAGAAGAACACGACGAGGAAGAAGCAGGAGCAGGCGGCAUGGGGAUUGUUGAUGAGAGGGUGAAAUACGAGAGUGAGUGCCUCAAGGAGUUCUUGUGCAUUGUUUUGCUCUUAUUGCUCAAGCUCAAGAACAGCACGAAUGAAAAUGACGUGGGGGAUGAUGAGAGUCUACUGAGUUGUUCUUCGUCGACGAACGAAGCGUUGGAUUUGAUCAACAUUGAAGAGUUGUUUGGCCACUUGCAAAGAUCGAAAUUUCUAUUGGUGAUGUGUCAGUUUAUCACGACCCAGAUCCGCGCUGUUCACAUGAACCAAUCGAGUUUUGUCAUUCUCAAAUUCGGGUGCGACUUGGUGUUUGAAUACUUGUACUAUUCCGAGAUAUUGUCUAGUCAGGAGAUUUCAGACCUCAGCAGCAAGGAUAACAAGAUGAUCCCGACGCUAAUCAAGUACUUGUUGACAUCUGAAGAUUUCCACAACUACGAGUUGGAUAAUGACGACGAGUUCCAUGACGAGAGUCGGCUUGUGGCAUAUGAAGAAUUGAAGCUUCUUUUACUUAUAAACGAGCAGUUUUUAAUGACUUCGUAUACAGAACACGAGGCUUCCAACCGUGUGUUUGAUGAGUUGAUCCAUAACAACCAGGAUUAUGACGAGCAUUCAAACAUGAAUAACAUUGUCGGGUUGAUCAAUUUAUUGAUAUAUCAUUUGAAUCGAGAAGAGUCACAAAUUAUCAAGUUGCUAAUUUUGAAAUUCUUGUACUUGGUGUUUACCACCCCCUUCACUGCCAAAUUGAUAUAUCGCAACGAUUUGAAAAUCUUGAUUGAUAUCUUUAUCAGAGAGCUAAACAAUCUCGAGCACAAGGACGCCAUACUCAUCAUCACCUACUUGCGAGUGUUGUACCCGAUACUUGAGUUUUCCGAGUUGAAGGAAUGUGGAGCUUACAAGUCGAAGGAGAUUUUAGAUGUGCUAAGUCACACCAUUACAAAUUCUGAAUCUCGAGACGGCCAGCAACCAACCAACCUGCCACAACCCGAUGAGAAUGCAGUGGCGAGACAAUUGGCUUCCAAGUGCAUGAAAGUUCGCUGGCUACGCAAAUCUGGCUCAAACUCUAGCACUGGAUCAGGAUCAGGAUCAGGAUCUGGAUCCAGAUACGGUAACGGUAACAGAAACGGACAGAAAGAACACACCUCAUCACCAUCAUCAUCAUUACCACCAUCACAGGAAUCAUCACCCGAGAAAACGGGCUCGCGCGAAGGACUAACCAGCGCAACGAAACCUCCCCCCUUUGCACGCGUAGCCUCGAUGCGCUCCUCGUCGCGAUCAGACUACCACAAACACACCACGGCUCAUAAUACCCUCGAGCGGAAAAACAGCGAAAAGUUGAAAAAGCGCAUCACCACCACCACCACCACCACCACCAAAAAUGAACCCGCUGCGAGAUCAAUGUUUGAAGAAAACAACAACAAUGUAUUCCUCGCUCAGUUCUCAACCCAUAUGUCGUUGCAAGAUACGCAAGACUCCGUAUCUUUGCAACAUCUGCUGGAUGGCGAUGGCGAUGGCGACGGCGACGGCGAGGAUAGCAACAUCUUGGACUUACCGAACGAGUACUUGAAUUCCAAGCCGCUCCCGCAGAUCCCCGUGUCGCGCAAGUCGCGACUGCAGUUUUACCAGCAUGGCAACGCUUCGAAUGCGUCGAGCUCGUGCUCGAUAAAUUCGGACUCGUCGAUUCGGCGCAAGGCCAUGAAGAAGAAAGCGCCUCCGCCGCCGCCGCCUCCGCCUCGGCGUCAUCGAUGA